UACGGAUUCUGUGGCACCACUCCCGAGUACUGUGGUACUGGUUGCCAAUCCAACUUUGGAAGCUGCGGCUCUGGAUCUGUCGACACUACUGGACGUUGCGGAACGAGCUUUGGAAUCUCGUGUACUGGAGGUCUUUGCUGUUCACAGGCAAGAACUGGCCCAAACGAAUUCCAAUUUUUUUCUCACUGA